GAACAUCGUAUGCGAUGACCAACUUUAAAACAUUUUUAAAAUUAAAUCUCAACUGAAUCUGAACCAGUACCUUCACCUGCUCGCGAAAACACACGUAACGUGUGGCAGGGUUAUCAUAUCCGCCGCAGACAUUCAUAACAGUGUGUUCCCGUUUCACAGUUGAACUGUCACAGCAGUGUCAGGAUUUCACCCCUAUCAUCAGUGUUUUAUCGACGUGGUUUUAUCAGCUAAUGUUAUCAAUUAGCUAGGCGGAGCAUGACCGCACCUCAGAGAGAGCGUUUGAAUAAAGCACAUUUAGCAGGGCAUGAGCUAACGGUAGCUAAUUCUAAACUGACAGGCUGCUGUGGGCACCAGGCACCGCUUUCCUUUAUUUGACAGUCAGGAAGGAAUAAGAAGACACCAUGCUGCAGCUGGGCGAUGAAGUCACCCUGUACUCGGUUGUCUUCGUGCUGGUGCUGCUCGGGACCCGCAGCCUGGUUUGGACCACCGCUCUCACCGUCUCCCUUUACCUCUUUGUGGCCAUAUUCCGGUUCCCCCAGGUACCGACCAGCCGAACCAGGCAGGUGCUGCACCCGCACAAGGGUACGGUGGGCUCUGGCAAGGUGUCGGUGGUCGCUCACCGGGGCGGGGGGCACGACGCACCGGAGAACACCAUAAUCGCCAUUCGGGAGGCUAGUAAAAAUGGGGCGACAGGUGUGGAGUUGGACCUGGAGUUCUCAGCCGACGGCGUCCCAAUACUGAUGCACGAUGAGACUGUGGACCGGACCACCAACGGGUCCGGACCCCUCAGCCAGAUGACACUGUCAGAGUUGGUUAAUCUGGACGCAGCUGCUAAACAUCGACUCAGUGACAAGUUUGCUGGAGAGAAGAUCCCGACUCUGGAGGAGGCGGUGGAGGAGUGCAUCAAACUGCAGCUCACCAUCUACUUUGACGUUAAAGGUCACCCAGAUGAGGCAGCUGCAGCACUGAAGUUAUUGUAUAAAAAACACCCAGUCCUCUACAACUGCAGCAUUGUCUGCUCCUUCGAGCCCAAAGUCAUCUACAGGAUGAGGCAGAGCGACCCAGAAGUGAUCACAGCAUUGACCCACCGGCCAUGGAGCCUGAGUCGGUUGGGAGACGGCGCCUCCCGAUUCUCGUCGCCAUGGAAACACAGUUGGAUGACGCUAUUGGACUUGGUGUUGGACUGGGCGCACCAUCACGUGCUGUGGAAGCUCUGUGGCAUCUCAGCCUUCCUCAUACAGAAGAACUUUGUCUCACCGGAAUAUGUCCAGUACUGGGCCGAGAGGGGGGUAGAAGUUGUUGCCUGGACGGUCAACACUCAAGUGGAGAAGGAUUACUACCAGGAGCUGCUGCAAGUCAACUAUAUCACAGACAGCCUGGUGGAGGACUGUGACCCCCAUUACUGAGAAACAUAUGAACCGAGCACAGGAUGUGAUCACACACAUCCUGAUUAAAAGAUCAUAUCCGUAUGGACCGUUUAAUUGUUCUACUUGUCACCCAAAAUCUGGCACCAGGUAAGAGAACAAGUGCCACUCUUAUCUUCCCAUGCACAUUGUGAGUGUGUGCAGGUUUGUUUGAGGCAAUCAAACUAAGCCUGGGUGCUAAACUUAAUAACAAGGGGACAUUGUAUGCAUUUCUAGAUAUUUUGGUAUCUAUAAUAAUCAAAAUGUACUGUAUUCACCAACUCAGGACUGCAAUGAUUUUUUUCUUGUUAAUUAUGUAUGUUCUUCUGUAUUUCAAGUCCCACAGUACAGGUAUCAUUACACUUGUCUGGGUCUUUUACCAAGUAGAUAAUGUUAGUCGAAAAUGAUUACACUCUUUAAAGUUAAUACUAAAACUAUAAUAUAAAUAAACUUGUCAUGUCUUUAACCAAAGAAUAUAACAAAACCUAGAAUUAAAUAUGAUGAGUAAACAUAUGAUGACUUUUUGACCAUGCAUGACUUCUCUAUGUGGCACUUUUUUGGGGGGUCUAAUCUGUCCAAUGUAACCAGAAGCUCAUAUAUUCCUAUGGAUAUGGAAUAAGAAUUAGUCCAAGGUACUAUUUAAUAGCACAGUACUGUAUUUGGAAACACAGUGAAGAGAAACAGUACUGCAAGACCAGUGAAAUCGAACAAGGCCUUAGGCAGCUAAUGUGUAGAGACUACCGGUAUAUAAAACUUAAAACUGGAGUAUAACUGCAGAAUAUACAACACAAUUGUCUAUUACAAAAGACAUGAACAGACAGUUGGUAUACUGUACACAUUACGUAUAAAUUGUUACAUCUUUUUUUUUAAAUAUUUAAUUCAUCAUAAAAAAAGGUUUAGAGGUCCGUCAUGGCUCUGGAGUUGGGAGAUAAGACAGCGAGAGUACUACUGUUGAUAAGCUUUAUGACCCCAAUUUCCGUCAUUUGAUUUAUGCCUUUUUUGAUCCAAGCAGACAUGACAACUUGAUAAAGAAAAUGUGGAAAGCUUAUUUCCCUGUUAACAUAA